GUAUUCAGGUGUGUUCAGUUGUCCCCUGUCCUCCUGUCCCUGCGGCGUCUCUGCUCGUGUCGCAUGUUUCCUGUUUCCUGGUUCUUGUCUCGGGCGCGUUCGUCACCUCCACAGCCGCAGUCUCGGUCCAGGUCUCCGGUGUCGACUCUGAACCGCGUCCGCGGACGUUACCGGGCCUUCACGCGCACGUUCGGCUCAGUGUUUGUUCUUUUUUUUUUCUUUUAAAAAAGAGAGUCACCUGUCGCUCUCUCUCUCUCUCUCUCUCUCUCUGUGUGUGUGUGUGUCUCGCUCUCUUUGUUUACCUGUUCAGACACAAACAAACAAACAACUAUAAUCCCGCGGGACUUCGCGCUUCACUUUGGACAUCAUGGAUUUUCUGGACUCGGGACAAAAGUUCAGUCCGAGGCAGGACAGUGAGUGGGACACGACGCUGCAGUUUCUUCCGGCUCCUGACACCAAACAGCUGGAGAAGAACUCUGGCCGCAGGAAGAAGCUGGGUCUGGGUCUGGGUCUGGUUCUUGCCGCUGCAGCUCUGGCUCUGAUCACUGGUCUGCUCGUGUGGCACUUUCACUUGCGCAGCGACGUCCGAGUGAAGAAAGUUUACAUCGGCUCCAUGGGAAUCAACGAGCGGCGUUUCCUGCCGGAGUACGAAGAUCCCGGCAGUCGGCAGUUCACCGAGCUGUCUGCUCUGGUUCUACGGCAGCUGAAGCUGAUUUACUCUAAAGAUUCUGUGUUGGCCAAGUACUUCACGGGCUCCACGGUGCAGGCGUUCAGUGAGGCAGACGGCGGCGGUGACGGCAUCGUGGCUUAUUACCAGUCAGAGUUCGAGGUUCCUGUGACUCAGCAGAAUUCUCUGGACGGAGCCAUGGAGUUGCUGGAUCCUCCGGCAGCAGCAGGAAGUCGACAGGGACGACUUCUGCUGAAACCUGCAGACGCUCUGAGUGUGAGGGGCGUCGUCUCACGAGCUAUAGAUCCACGAAUGACGAGGAAAUCCUUAUUUGUGAAAAAGUCGUUUGACAUCCACGUCAGAGACGCGGGAGUCCUCAGCUCUCCGGGUUUUCCAGACUCCUCUUAUCCACCAAAUGUUUACCUUCAGUGGAGACUCCGGGCCGAUCCGGGUCACAGGAUCAAGCUGGACUUCCACACUCUGAUCCUGGAGGACGACUGUGAGCAGGACUUCAUCAAACUCUACGACUCUCUGGCUGCAAUAGAACAGCGCGCUCUCACCGAACAGUGUGGUUACCCUCACAACUCCCUGUCCUUUCUGUCCUCUGGAAACGUCAUGUUGUUGACUCUCGUCACCAGUGAAGAGAGGAACUUUCCAGGAUUCAGAGCAAACUACUCACAACUGGCUGUGAGCGAACAAAAGUGUGGAGGGACACUGAGAGAGGACAAAGGGUCCGUCUCUUCUCCGUUCUUUCCCUCUAACUAUCCUCCUCGAACCACAUGUGUUUGGGACAUCCAGGUCCCAGAAGACAAGUUCAUAAAGGUUCAGUUCAACAAGUUUCAGAUGGGAAAUCACAGUGUCCACUGUCCUGAGGAUUAUGUCGACAUUGACAAUCAAAGAUUGUGUGGAAGCAAGUUAAAAAACACGGUCAUCACCAGCAGAAGCAACAAGAUGACCAUUAAGUUUAACUCCGACUCGUCUUACGUGGACCAGGGUUUCACCGCCGAGUACGAAGCCUUCGUCCCCAACAACCCUUGUCCCGGAAACUUCCAGUGCAGCAACAACCUGUGCAUCAACACCACUCUGAGAUGUGACGGCUGGAACGACUGCGGAGACGACAGCGAUGAAGACGGCUGCAAGUGCGAUGCGUCUCAGAUGAAGUGUAAAAAUGGACGCUGUAAACCAAAGUUGUGGGAGUGUGACGGGUCCGACGACUGUGGAGACAACACGGACGAGGAAGACUGUGAAAAAUGUAAACCAGGAGAGUUUUCUUGCAGAAACAGGAAGUGCAUCCCAGAGAAGCUCAGGUGUAACGGGAAAAACGACUGUUCUGACGGAUCCGAUGAGUCCAAGUGUGAAAAAUCUCUGGUUCUGCAGACGUGUUCUGAAUUCAACUUCCGCUGCACAAACGGACACUGCAUCAGUAAACUCAACCCAGAGUGUGACGACGAGCCAGACUGUGAUGACGGAUCUGACGAGGCCCACUGUGAGUGUGGGUCCAGGCCGUACCGGAGCUCGCGUAUUGUGGGCGGGCAGACAUCCCGAGAGGGGGAGUGGCCGUGGCAGGUCAGCCUCCACAUCAAAGGCACGGGUCACGUGUGUGGAGCGUCGGUGUUGAGUCGCCGCUGGCUGCUGACGGCCGCUCACUGCGUCCAAGACAACGGGCCAAACAAGUACUCUCAGGCCGACCAAUGGGAGGCCAUGCUGGGUCUACACGUGCAAAGUCUGACCAAUGAGUGGACGGUGAAGAGGAACAUUAAGCGAAUCAUUGCCCACCGUGACUACAAACCUCUGACCUACAACAACGACAUCGCUCUGAUGGAGCUGGACCAGGAAGUGCCACUGAACCAGAACAUCUGGCCCAUCUGUCUGCCGUCACCUGCCCACGACUUCCCUGCAGGUCAGGAGGCGUGGGUGACCGGCUGGGGCGCCAUGAGAGAGGGAGGCUCCACGGCCUCUGUCCUGCAGAAAGCUGAGGUUCGAAUCAUCAACAGCACAGUUUGUAAGAAACUGAUGAAUGACGAGGUCAACGACAACAUGAUCUGUGCAGGAGUUCUGAAAGGGGGCGUGGACGCCUGUCAGGGUGACUCUGGUGGUCCACUGUCAGUCACCGCCCUCAGUGGACGUGUCUUCAUAGCUGGCGUGGUGAGCUGGGGCGACGGCUGCGCUCGCAGGAACAAACCUGGUAUUUACACUCAGAUUAUCAAAUACCGCAGGUGGAUAAAGGAGAUGAGUGAUGUGUAAGUGAUGAUCAAUCUGGUGGUGUUGACUUUCAAGACUAAAAAAAUUCACAGCAGAGACAAAAACUUUUGCUGUUCCUGCAUAUAUAAUAUUAUAUAAUAUUAUAUAAUAUGAUAUUCAUGGGUUCCAAAUGGAACCCGAAUAAUUAGGCAAAAUAAAGUUCAUGAACAUUUUUUAUAAAGACUAGAUUUAAAGUCUAAAUCCUCAGCUUUAAUUGUCUUAACUAUAAAUAUAAUUUAUACUGUAGUAACUACUUUAUGUUCUGUAGCUGUUUUUAUCUGAAAUUACAAUUUUCUGGACUUUUUAUUGGCAACAGAUGUGAAUCCACUUAAAGAAAAUAUCUAUAGAAUCCAGAUAACUUUAGUGAAUGACAGGAUUAGAUUAAAGGAUCAGAUUAAAGGAUGAUGUCAGUAUUCAGUCUGAGAGGUGACUUGAACCAUUUUUGUCAACCAAUAUUUGACAUUUAAUAAUUUUGGCUCACCUUCAGAAAUAAAAAACAUAAUGUCAAGGAUUUUAAUUAUUUUAUGAUAUUUGUGGAGUAGAGCCAUCUUGUUUUUGUUACAGUUUAAAAAAAUCUAGAUUUGUUUUGUUUACUGUGUGGUGACAUGUUUUUGCUGAGUGUUUAUUUGUACAGUGUUUCUUCAUUAUUGUUCACUUUAUGGAACAAUGUUUGACUCUUUAUGAAACGAUUGUGACUAAUUUUCUGUGAUGCAUCAAAAAAAGAAAAUAUCCUCAUUAUGUCCUGCUUCAAAGUUUUAUUUUCAUUUGUUGUGAUGUUUUUAUUUAAAGAAUUGGGUGAAGGGUUUUUUGAAAACCAGUCAGUGUGGAAGUUGCAGAUAAUUGUAUGAAGUCUAACUUAUAUAUAUUGUAAAGAUAUUCAAAUCUUCAUGUAAAUUGUAAUUAAUUUUUUCAGAGAAACUGCCAAAACUCACUAUUAAACACAUCCUUAAACAAACAAAUAUUAA